AAAACGUUCGAAGCGCUGGCGCAGACCGUCCAUGGCGGCGGCGGGCGCGGGGCAGGCCACUCAAGCACGCCCGUAGCCUCGCGCACCGGCGCCGCCGAGAGCUCACCACUUUCGCCACCCGCCCACCGCCCGGCCCCGCCCCGCCACUUUCAGCCCCGGACCCUGGCUCCGCCCCCACCUCCCGGCUCUGGCCAAUGGGAGGGCAGGGCGGACAAAGGAGGUGGGGCCUGCCCCGUCUCCCCGGCCGCAUGGCCCUUUGGCCAGGGUGGAGGCCGGGGCGGCAGCGAGGAGUCCGGAGGGGGCGGGGCCCCAAGAUGCUGGCGUGUUGAUUGGUCAAGGGGGUGGGGCACGAUACUGAUUGGACAAGCGGUAGAUUAUUGACGGAGAGCGAUUGACGUGGGUGGAGCUAGUUGAGAAACAGAUGGGAGGAGCCUGGCUAAGCUCAGCGCUGAUUGGACAGACCAGAAAAGGCGGGGUUGAUCACAAAGGAGGCGGGACUACACUGGAAAAAACGAAGCUGAUCUCGAAGGAGGGGCGUGGAGAAAAGUGGGCGGGGCCAAAUAAAGGUUGAAGGCACCUGUUACCUUGAACCUGCUCCUAAGGGGCAGAUGGAGAAGUUGUCCUUGUAUAUGUGGAGAAAGUGAGGUUCCCGAAGGCUUAGGUCUGUAUGGCUGUGUCUCUCCGUGUGGGAUAUUCCCACCCCUCACAGGUGGAGAGGGGGGUGGGGGAGGAAGGAAGCGCAAGGCCCCUUGGGAGUUGAAGCUUCAGGUUGCUAUGGUGUCUAGGCUGGAGGGGCUUCCUAAAGCCCCGCCCCCGCCCCGCCCCCCGCUAUGCGGCCCUCCCAGACAGAGCUGUGGCUGGGUCUGGCUUUGGCUUUGGCCCUCCUGGCUGUGAGGUGGGCCUCAGCCCAAGCCCCCAUCUAUGUCAGCAGCUGGGCAGUGCGGGUGACCAAAGGUUACCAGGAGGCUGAGCGCCUGGCACGUAAAUUUGGCUUCGUCAACCUGGGACAGAUCUUCCCUGAUGACCAGUAUUUCCAUCUGCGGCACCGGGGUGUGGCCCAGCAGUCCCUGACUCCACACUGGGGCCAUCGUCUGCGCCUUAAGAAAGAGCCCAAGGUGCGCUGGUUUGAGCAGCAGACUUUGAGGAGGCGGGUGAAGCGCUCCCUGGUGGCACCCACAGACCCCUGGUUUUCCAAGCAGUGGUACAUGAACAAGGAGAUACAACAAGAUCUCAACAUCCUAAAGGUUUGGAACCAGGGACUGACUGGCCGGGGAGUGGUGAUCUCCAUCUUGGAUGAUGGCAUCGAGAAGGACCACCCGGACCUCUGGGCUAAUUAUGACCCUCUGGCCAGCUAUGACUUCAAUGACUAUGACCCAGACCCCCAGCCUCGCUACACACCCAAUGACGAGAACCGACAUGGAACCCGCUGUGCUGGGGAGGUGUCUGCCACAGCCAACAACGGUUUCUGUGGUGCUGGCGUGGCCUUCAAUGCCAGAAUUGGAGGCGUGCGCAUGCUGGAUGGAGCCAUCACUGACAUCGUGGAGGCUCAGUCCCUCAGCCUGCAGCCGCAACACAUACACAUCUAUAGCGCCAGCUGGGGCCCAGAGGACGAUGGCCGCACGGUGGAUGGCCCCGGCCUCCUCACGCAGGAGGCCUUCAGGCGUGGAGUAACCAAGGGCCGCCAAGGGCUGGGCACAUUGUUCAUCUGGGCCUCGGGAAACGGUGGCCUCCAUUAUGACAACUGCAAUUGUGACGGCUACACCAACAGCAUCCACACGCUGUCAGUGGGCAGCACCACGCGGCAGGGCCGAGUGCCUUGGUACAGCGAGGCCUGCGCCUCCACGUUCACUACCACCUUCAGCAGCGGUGUGGUCACCGACCCACAGAUCGUCACUACGGACCUGCACCACCAGUGCACGGACAAGCACACCGGCACCUCGGCCUCCGCCCCUCUGGCCGCUGGCAUGAUCGCCUUGGCGCUGGAGGCCAACCCACUUCUGACCUGGAGGGACCUACAGCACCUGGUGGUCCGCGCGUCCAGGCCGGCGCAGCUGCAGGCGGAGGACUGGAGGAUCAACGGCGUGGGGCGCCAAGUGAGCCACCACUAUGGCUAUGGGCUGCUGGACGCGGGGUUGCUGGUGGACCUGGCUCGCGUGUGGCUGCCCACUAAGCCUCAGAAGAAAUGUACCAUUCGGGUGGUGCACACCCCCACCCCCAUCCUGCCUCUGAUGCUGGUGCCCAAGAACGUGACAGUGUGCUCCGAUGGCUCACGCCACCACCUCAUCCGCUCGCUCGAGCACGUGCAGGUCCAGCUGUCGCUCUCCUACAGCCGCCGCGGGGACCUGGAGAUCUUCCUCACCAGCCCCAUGGGCACGCGCUCCACGCUCGUGGCCAUCAGACCCUUGGAUAUCAGCAACGAAGGCUACAACAACUGGAUCUUCAUGUCCACUCACUACUGGGAUGAAGACCCGAAGGGCCUGUGGACUCUGGGCCUGGAGAAUAAGGGCUACUAUUUUAACACAGGAACUCUGUACUACUACACGCUGCUGCUGUAUGGGACGGAUGAGGACAUGACAGCGCGGCCCCAGGCCCCCCAGGUGACCAGCCGGCGCGCGUGUGUGCAGAGGGACACAGAGGGGCUGUGCCAGGAAAGUCCCAGUCCCCUCUCCAUCCUGGCAGGACUCUGCCUCAUCUCCAGCCAGCAGAGGUGGUGGCUCUACAGCCACACACAGCAGCCAGUGACCCAGGGACAGGCCAGCUGUCACCCUCCUGUUACACCUGCUGCGGCAGCCUGACCAGCGACUACGCUGCCUGUCCCCUGUCCCUUGUGCUGGAAGAGCUCCAGAGCUCCUCCACUUCUGGCUGCCACCCCAGCUGCCAGUCUUGGGCCAUGGUGCUGGCCCUGUUGGCCAGG